AUGGACAUUGGGUCUAUCUCACGGAUAUUUUUAAUUUAUUCAGCAAUUUUUGGCAACAAAAGAGUGCUUAGGCCAGGGAAAGAUGACGAAAAAUUGGAGCAAAUACUACAACUCAUUGCAAACGAUGAUUCUGACGUUGAAAUGUCUGAUGAUGAAAAUGAAAAUAUGGAUAAUUUAGUAGAGAGAGAAGACGAAAUAAUUGAUGAAGAACUGCAGAGCAGCAGUGACGAGGAAGAACAGGACAGAAUUCCUCUUAGUGUCCUUAGAGAAAAGUUAAGAACGGCCAAAGAAACUUCCAAUCCUUCGCAGCGACAGUUUUGGAGAAGAAAUGAUAUUUUACACCUCCAAAUUUUGAAGGUCCCUCUAGUGAAUGCAGCGCACAGCUUCGCGAUGGUUGGACUGCAAAAUCGUAUUUAG